GACGCGUCCACUGUGUCUGGACUAUAGACAGUACUUUAAUUAGCAUAGCAACGCCUGAGGUCUGUAACCACGACACAGGUAUUUUGCCCAACGGAAUAGCUACAUUCGAUAUGGCUGAGCCGGAGCUUCUGCUGGAUUCCAAUAUCAGACUUUGGGUGGUUUUGCCCAUUGUCUUCAUCACUUUCCUUGUUGGGGUGAUUCGACAUUAUGUCUCCAUUCUGCUUCAGAGUGACAAGAAGCUGACGUUAGAGCAGGUAUCAGACAGCCAGGUUCUCAUCAGGAGCAGAAUCCUCAGAGAGAAUGGGAAGUACAUUCCAAAACAGUCAUUCUUGAUGAGGAAGUUUUACUUCAAUAAUCAAGAAGAUGGAUUCUUCAAAAAUACCAAAAGAAAGGUUGUUCCUCCCUCCCCAAUGACAGACCCCAGCAUGCUGACAGACAUGAUGAAAGGCAACGUGACCAAUGUGCUUCCCAUGAUCCUCAUCGGAGGCUGGAUUAACUGGACCUUCUCAGGGUUUGUCACAACCAAGGUUCCUUUUCCUCUCACCCUGCGCUUCAAGCCCAUGUUGCAACAAGGAAUCGAGCUACUCUCACUUGAUGCUUCCUGGGUGAGCUCAGCGUCGUGGUAUUUCCUGAACGUGUUUGGGCUGCGAAGCAUGUACUCCUUAAUUUUAGGACAAGAUAAUGGUGCAGACCAGUCCAGGAUCAUGCAGGAGCAGAUGAGUGGUGCUGCCAUGGCCAUGCCUGCAGACACCAACAAAGCGUUCAAGGCAGAAUGGGAGGCACUUGAGCUAACUGACCACCAGUGGGCGCUGGAGAAUGUUGAGGAGGAGCUCAUGAGCAGGGAACUGGAUCUGGAUGGAAUGUUCAGUAAGGAGUUACCAACGGGUAUCUUCUGAUUGCCAGUUCAUUACUGCAGGGAACCUGCCGCUGGACAACAUUUUAGUUUUACUUAAAGUGGCUGACUUGGAGUUUCUCUAGGAAAUGACAUAGAGAACGAUAUCUACAUUCAUUUCAGUGCCAUCAUUGUCCAUUUACAUUUAAUUGUAGAUUAAUUAACAGAACAUUAUAGUAUGGAGUUCAGUUAAUAAUUUAAACUAUUUGAAAGAUUCAGCCUCAGCUAUGUAAAACUCAUUACAAAAAAAAAACGUUAAUGUUAAAAACAUUUUUUUUUAAAGGUGAAUGAAAAUGUGUUGUGUCACUACUUUGAAUCAUGUUUGACUUUGUAGUCUGAUUCCACCUACCUUCCAUUUGUUUGGUCAUACUUGUUGGUUAUUUGUGAGCUUAUUGAAGAAAAGAAAAAAGUGUAAUAUUAUUAGUAACUCAACCCAUUUGUAAUAGGUGGCUCUUAGCAACAUAAGACAACUAGCUGUUGAAGUAAAAAAAAACAAAAAAAACAUGGUUAUUGCUGAUGAUUAAAUUCCAGUUAAUCUUUUAUCAUUCCUCUUUCAGUUUGUGUGCAGCAUCAGCAGCUUCUUGUCAUGGCUGACAUGAGGCAAAUCUAGACAUUGAGUGCUGGAAAACAACUGUGUGUGAUAGUUUUAUGCAAUGUGUUAUUUUUAAUAUUUAUUUCUCCAAUUUAUUUUUUAACAUUUCCCUUGUGUUUUUGUAUAAAGACUGUUUUGACUAAA